AUGAGUGGGAGAAAUUCCUCCAGAACCCGACCUGGCCGUGGAAACGCACGUGGGGGAAAUUCCUCCAGAGCCCGACCUGGCCGUGGGACGAUAAGGCAGAGGGGCCCAGAGGCCGAGGAUUACGAGGAUUACGAGGUGGAGGAGAUUCUGAUGCAUAUCCUGAAUGACAACGAGGAACCUGAGUUUAUGAUAAGGUGGAAGGGUUGGGGUGCAGAGCAUGACUCUUGGUUAACAGCGGAAGACUUGCAAAACUCCGGGGACCUCCUUACUUCUUACAUGGCACAGCAAACCAUAUCAGUUGCUAAAAUCAAUCGUAAACAAUGUGAGGUUUACGAAACGAAGCUUGUCGCUUCAAUCAAUCAAGUAGUUCAAGCUCCUCCAUCUUCAGCUUCGAGCUCUUCAAUAUCUAGUAGUGCUGCAAGUUCAGUCAUCAUAAACCCACCCGUCCAAUCGUCCGUUGAGUUAUCCCUCCAGCAACUCGUUGCUGACUUGAGGGAUAAUGUUGACGAAGCGCAAGUUAACCCCGCUUCAUCAACUCGACCUCUUUCCGUGUCGUCAAGACGGUCGUACGGAGAUCACAGACGAAGUCCUGCAGGACAGUUAAACAGAAGCUUCUGCAGAAGAUGCAAGACUAGAGGUCACCGUGAAAGUGACUGCCCCUCCCCUAAAUUUACCACCGCCAAUUUCCCCAUAUUGCCUGCCACAUUGAUACUUAAUUAAUAAGCAAAUUAAUACUUAGGGUUGCAAUUCCCAAAAUUUAUUUC